AUGAAUAAAUGUAUCUUUGUCGACGACUCCUGCAAUCUGUCUAUUCGCGACAUACCAGAAACCUACCAUCCCAAGGAUAGCCAAGCCCUGGUCAAAGUCGAAUACUCAGGCAUCAAUCCAGCCGACCUUAACCAUCCAAAGGAUCUGGGCAUGAAGAACAACGUAUGCGGCUAUGAAGUCUGCGGCACCGUCAUAGAAGCAGGAAGGACUAGUCGCUACGCAGUAGGGGACGUCGUCUUUGGAUCCAACCAUCCCGGACGCUCGAAACCAGGAUAUCAUGGCGGCCAUCAAGACUUUGCCAUUGUGGAGUCAAACUUGAUGUCAGCCAAAUUACCCGAUCAACUCCCUCGUGCAGAUGCCGCUGCUCUCAGUAUCAUGGUGCGCUCAGCUGCAGAUGCGUUGAUGAAUCAUUUCGAGAUCCCUUUCCCUGCUAUAAGCGUCUUGGGGCCACCUCCUAAUGGCGCCCUAUUGGUUUGGGGCGGUGCGAGUAGCGUGGGGAGUGCCGCGAUACAGCUCGCAAAGGCUAUGGGAGUGAAAUGGAUAUUCACGACUGCUUCGCCUGCCAACCAUGAGGCGCUGCUUGAGCUCGGCGCAACAAAGUGUUUUAACUAUCGAGAUCCAGAUGUCGUUAAUGCUGUCAGGGCUGAAUGCGAGGAAACUGGCGUCACAAUCAGAUAUGUGCUAGACACAGUGUGCAAGACAGGCAGUCCUGGAACCAUUGAGCAGUGUGAGUCGAUUGCCACCGCACCAGAUGUCACAUUCGUCAGUUGCCUGCCCCAAUUCAGUAAGCCACCACGAUGGAGAAUGGUUUUUGCUUCUAGGGAAAUCGACAAUCCUAUCCCCUUCGAAUUUCCUGGGGGUAAUAAAGCAAAUGCCGUGUGGGAGGCUCGGCUAGAGAGGGCGGUUGUUUGGGCUGCGAAGAACUACGGGACGCAAUUCCGAAUUCCCAAUCUCAAGAUUGUGGAGGGGGCUGAGAAUGGAAUACAGGCUAUCAAGGAUGUGAAUGAAGGAAAGGUCAGCUUGACCAAGGUUGUCAUCAAACACCCGCUUUAG